GUCCUGGUAUGGCUGGCAGGCAUUGGCAGGCACUAUCACGCACCAUUGAACCCUAAUCAUUCAUCUCCGGCCCGGUCCGCCCUCGCCCACAUACAACCAAAAAAAACACAAGCAUUGUACCAAAAACCCCAGGCAUCAGAUGCUCCAAUCUAUGCAGUCCAUAUAUAGCCCUUUUGGAGAGCAAAAAGGUGGAGUGCAAACAAAUAUGAAAACGCCACCGUAGCCCCUCACUGACUCGCCUGCAAAAACCACUUGCAAACCACACAAACCGAAAACGCCAGCUCGCCGGCCUCCAUUUUUAGCAACUUUUCCCUUAAAUCUCCUCUUGCACACCCCCACGCCCCAUCCAAGGAAGCCACCUUCUCUGCCCCUACACAGCCGUGCCUCUGCCUCUCCUCCCUCCUCGACCCUUCUCCGGCGCUGCCGUGGCCUCGCCCAUGGAGAGGAGUCCCGGCGCGGCGCUGACAUCGUCACCCGAGGAGGAGGAGGAGAAGGCGGCGGACGGCCAUGGCGAGGAGGCCGUGGAGCAGGAGGACGAGGCGGCUGCGCCGGUGGUGCUGAAGAAGGGGCCCUGGACCACGGCGGAGGACGCCAUGCUCGUGGACCACGUCCGGCGCCACGGCGAGGGGAACUGGAACGCUGUGCAGAGGCUCACCGGCCUGCUGCGCUGCGGCAAGAGCUGCCGCCUCCGCUGGACCAACCACCUCCGCCCCAACCUCAAGAAGGGCUCCUUCUCCCCCGACGAGGAGAUCCUCAUCGCCCAGCUCCACGCGCAGCUCGGCAACAAGUGGGCGCGCAUGGCCGCGCAUCUGCCGGGGAGGACGGACAACGAGAUCAAGAACUACUGGAACACGAGGACCAAGCGCCGCCAGCGCGCCGGCCUGCCCGUAUACCCGCCGGAGGUGCAGCUCCAGCUCGCGCUCUCCAAGCGCUGCCGCUACGACGACUUCUCGCCGCUGGCGUCCCCGCAGCUGCCGGGGGCGGUCAAUGUCCAGGCGCUCGACGCCACCUCGGCCGGGUACACCAGCUCCCGGCCGGCGCCGCUCGACCUGGCUCGCCAGCUCGCCGCGACAAGCCAGACAGUGCAGUUCCUCUCCCCGCAGCCCUUCUCGGCGCCGUCGUCCCCGUGGGCGAAGCCGUUCGCGCGGAACGCGCAGUACUUCCAGUUCGCGCACUCGUCGCCCGUGUCCCCGUCCACGCCGACCGGGCCGCUGCACCCGGUCACGCCAGACCUCUCCCUCGGCUACGGCGUGCGCAGCACCGACCAGAGCAGGCUCGCGCCGCUCUCGCCGUCCCCUGUCCCCAGAGUGGAGCUCCCUUCAAACCAAUUCGGCCAGGCGAUGCCGCCGACCUCGGCCGCCGCCGCCGGCUUAGGCGGCGCAGCGCUGUCGGAUCAUCAGCAUCAGAACGCGGCGAGCCUGGAGAAGAUGCUGCAGGAGCUGCACGACGCUAUCAAGGUCGAUCCCUCGGCGCUGGCCCCGGCGAACGGAGACGCCGCGCGCCCCGGCGGCGGCGGCGGCGCUGUUCUGGAGCGGCAUGGUGGCAGAGGUGAGUAG